CUGACAGAGAGGUGGCGCUGGUUGUUCGGCCCUGAUGGGUCGACCAGUCUGGAGGAGCAGAAGUUUGUUGUGCGCUGCGUUUUUACGCAGGCGCAGAUCAGGCUGUUUGGCCAGUUUCGCUGGUCGAGUUUUACCUGUGCGCUACAUGACUUGUUUCGAUUCACCGGUGGGACUAAGUAUCAACAAGCAGUCUGCGGAGUCCAGCCAGGUUCAGAGGUGCAGAGCGUCGGACGGGAUUUCUCCGGGAUUUCAGAGUCGGUGCGCAACAGAGAGCGAAGCGGCAGGCAGUAUGCCACUGGAGUCCCCCGCUGCCUCCACAUCCAGCCCGAGCGGGGAUCGGCAGCCCUGAAGUCUGCUCCGUGCCUGCUGAGUGACUCCUCGCCCCGGGGAGGAGGAGGAGGAGGAGGAGGAGGAGGCGGCGGCACGGCUGCAGCGGCUGGUCUGAGGAGCAGUUCUCGCGGACGCGGCUCGGACCUCCUCGCCCUGUGGAUCAGGAAGAUGAUGGGCUUUUUGCGCCGGACAUUCAGCCGCCGCUCACGGAGUCGCUUCCAGACGAGAGAGAGGGACGAGCGGGACGGUAAAGGGGGAGGAGGGGGAGGGGGAGGAGCGGGAGGGGUGACCGGGAACCCCCUGCUCCUGCCCCACCAGCAGCAGGUCGUCCACGCGCCCGCGGUGGUCACCGGCGGGGCGUCCGUCCACAUCCCGGCGGCCGGGACGGCCAGGACCACCAUCACCUGCCGCGUGCUGCUGCUGGACGGCUCGGACGUCAACGUAGAUUUGCCUAGCAAAUCCAAAGGUCAGGACCUUUUCGAUCAGAUCAUGUAUCACAUAGAGCUGGUAGAAUCAGACUACUUUGGAUUGCAAUUCAUGGACACAGAUCAAGUUUCACGCUGGCUGGAUAUGUCUAAGCUUAUAAAGAAACAGAUACGAGACGGCCCGCCUUACAGACUGUUCUUCAGAGUGAAAUUUUACUCCUCAGAGCCAAAUAACCUGCGUGAGGAAUUUACACGGUAUUUAUUUGUGCUGCAGCUUCGACAAGACAUUUUGUCUGGAAAAUUAAAAUGUCCAUAUGAUGUGUCAGUGGAGCUGGCAGCAUAUUGUUUACAAAGUGAGCUAGGGGACUGCGACACGCUGGAGCACUCCCCCGAGCUGGUGUCGGAGUUUCGUUUCACUCCCAAGCAGAGCGAGACCAUGGAGGCGGACAUCUUCAGCAGGUGGCUGGAGCUCAGGGGAAAGAGCCCGUCUCAAGCUGAGAUUUCUUUUCUCAACAAAUGCAAGUGGCUGGAACUUUACGGAGUAGAUAUGCACUUUGUCAAGGGCAGGGAUGGAGGAGAGUAUGCGCUGGGUCUCACUCCGACUGGCAUCUUGGUUUUCGAAGGCCCCAACAAAAUUGGGCUUUUCUUUUGGCCUAAAAUCACACGACUGGAUUUCAAAAAGAGUCGCCUGACGUUGGUGGUGGUCGAAGACGACGAUCAGGGUCGCGAGCAGGAGCACACCUUUGUGUUCCAGCUUGCCAGCGCCAAGAGUUGCAAACACCUGUGGAAGUGCGCCGUGGAGAGCCACGCCUUCUUUCGCCUGCGCCAGCCAACCACGGGCAAGGCCAGCCGCAGCGACUUCACCCGACUCGGCUCCCGCUUCAGAUUCAGUGGGAAGACGGAGUAUCAGGCCACUCAUGGAGGCAGGCUGAGGAGGGCCAGCACCUUUGACAGAAUGCCGAGCAAGCGAUAUCCCUCCCGCACACACUCGCUCGGCAAAGUUGCUAUUUCUCCAGCCAAGCCUCCUCAUAUCAGCUCUCAUGCCAGCCCUGAUCCCAGCCUGCAUGCGUACCAGCACAACAUCUCCAUCGGUCACGAGCCUUGGCAUCCUCGCCACCCUGCGCUCACACCCCCGGUGUAUCUGCAGCCGUCCGGACACACUCCAUCGCACAGGCUUUCCGCUGAGGAUGUGGGUCCAGCAUCCAGGCAGCCUCCCGUCCCAGUGCGGACCAGCAGCAUCCUCAAAGGAUCCGCAAAACAUCAAUACAGUUCAUCAGAGAACGAAAAUUCAUACUCUGGAAAGACCCACCAUCGUCACCGUCGCCACACUCACAGCCAGGAAACGCUCUGCCACACACACACCAAGAACAAGCGCCGAGCUCCUCCCUGCCCUGCAGAUGAGCUGGACAUCUCUCAGACCUUGCUCAAGGCCCGGGAGUCAAAUGGGGAUUCACCUCCAUGGCCCUCCCUGCACAUCAACAUUGACAACAAGGGAGAGGAGAAGCAUUUAUCAGAAAAGUCUUUGCACCCUCCGGCCUCUCCAGUGAUUCCCCCUGAUCACCUCAAAUGUAACAUCCUAAAAGCUCAGAUGGAGGCAGCAUUCAGGAAGGAGGCCCCAGCAACUCCCAGAGGGAAGAACUCUAGUGAGACCCUCCAUGACAGGUAUCAGAGCUCAUCCCAAGACUCAGCAGCUUCCAGUCUGACUAUAGAUAAGACGCCCCACCGGCACGACUGCAACUCCACACCAGAGGAGCUGCAGGCCAAAACAAACCAGAGCACCAUGCGAAGGAAGCGUUUGGUCCGACAGUUCAGCUUUAACCAUGAGGAUGAAGAUAAUCUUCCAGAAGCACUUGCAGCCAUUUCUUCUCAGAGUAUAGGAAAGUCAGGAUCAAGCAACUCAUUGGAUAAGCAGAUACAGCCGUCUAUAUACCCACAGGUGGACAAUAUGCCAGCACUGGAGCUGGGUACUCCAUGCUGUCCCUCUCCUGCGCCUUCCCCUCACCUGUCCCCUUCUUACUACCAUAGCUCCAUUCCUCACGUGGUCCCUUACCUCACUUCCCAAAACGACAGCGGAGAGGAAGUAAGACUGGACAGGGAGAAGAUCAUGAGAGCCCUGCUGAUGACCGAGCUGUGAAACCUUGAUCCUGUGACUUCAUCGACAGAUGAUUCGAAACAAAAUGGAGCUCAAAGUCUUGAAUUCAUAGACAUAGCUCAGCAUUUAUACAUUUGCUUGCACAUUUAGCACUUAUAUAUUUUAAAAAAGCCAAUUGUUAUAUUUGCUUGAUUAUUAUUUCAGAGGGAUGUUUAUAUUUGUUGAACUGUAACUGUACAAAGAGUCAAAUGGAAAAAAAGAGAACUCCUUCAUAAUAAAUUCCUGAUGUGCUGGUGCUGCCUGCAUGAAUAUGUUUAUCUAAUGAUGAUCUGAUUUGACAGAUUUUUAUCUUUAGGUUCUGUGUGAUUUCACCAUUGUUGUUUGUGCUGAGGCCUAAAACUUCAACACCUCAUAAAAGCACAUGAAUGUCAAAUCAGUAUGUUUAUAGUGUAAAUACACUCUGUAAUUUCUAAGCUGAUGACAGAGCGGGCCCUGUAAAUGCUUACUCCCAUACCGUACGUGUUAUGUGAGAGGUUUGUUUUUACCUGCCAAACAUUUUCAUCGUUUGUGGUUUAAAAAGACAGAUUUAAAAAUCUGAAGAGAGAAAGUUUUGAGGCUGGAUUGUGCUAACAAACUGUGCAGAUGACUGUCUGCCCACUAGAAGGAGACAAAUCAAAGCUCUGAUCCUGGUACAGGUUGACAUAAACACGCAGGAUCCUUUGCUAUUUUUUUACAUACAGUUUUCAUCCCAGGUCAAAAACAAAUCUAGUCUAAGAAAGCAUGCUCUUGGAAAUAAAGAUAUAAGUCAAUUCAACCUUGCUGCUCCGCUCUUACUUUGGUCCUUGUUUGCCAAGGCCGCUGUACUGUGUGUACAUUUACUGAGCUGUUCCUGCUGUCAACUGGAUCUUAAUAAAGGCCACUUCAUC